UCUUCACGCUAGCCUUUUAGAAUACCGGAGAACAACCAGAUGGAAUUCUGCACUCCCUUCUUACCAGAUUCCUCGUGUUUUAAAUUGUAUCGCAGGCAUUUUUAGCGGACAUUGCGGCCCACAAACAGCCCUGGCGUGAACUCAGAAAGCUUUACGGGGAGGCUUGGCUGCGCUGUGAACCGGGACUGGAGCGGUCCGGGCCGUCUAUAAAGCACCGAACAUCUUUCCGUUGUCUCGAGGCGUUAACGGGCAUCCGUCAUGCCGCUGUUUGGUAAAUCCCACAAGAGUCCUGCAGACAUUGUCAGGACCCUCAAGGAAAACCUGACGGUUCUGGUCAAACAUGAUAAGAAGACAGAAAAGGCGUCUGAGGAAGUGUCAAAAUGCCUGGUGUCCAUGAAGGAGAUUCUGUACGGGAGCAACGAUAAGGAGCCACACACUGAGACUGUGGCUCAGCUCGCGCAGGAGCUCUACAACAGCGGCCUUCUGAUUUCUCUGGUAGAAAACCUGCAGGUUAUAGACUUUGAGGGGAAGAAAGAUGUUUGCCAGAUCUUUAACAACAUCCUGAGGAGGCAGAUCGGGACGAGGAGCCCCACAGUUGAAUACUUCUGCUCCCACCAAGAGGUCCUCUUCAUUCUGCUGAGAGGAUAUGAAACGCCCCAGGUAGCGCUGAACUGCGGCAUCAUGCUGAGGGAAUGCAUUCGCCAUGAGCCACUUGCCAAAAUAGUUCUUCAGUCGGAGCAUUUCCACAGCUUUUUCAACUAUGUGGAGAUGUCCACCUUUGACAUCGCCUCUGACGCCUUUGCUACCUUUAAGGAUCUUCUUACAAGACACAAAGUGCUUGUGGCUGAUUUCCUUGAACAGAACUACGACGCUGUUUUCGCCAACUAUGAGAAGCUGCUGCACUCUGAGAACUAUGUCACGAAGCGGCAGUCGCUCAAGCUUCUGGGCGAGCUGUUAUUGGACAGACACAACUUCGUGGUGAUGACGCGCUACAUCAGCAAGCCUGAAAACCUCAAACUCAUGAUGAAUCUGCUCAGAGACAAGAGCCCCAACAUCCAGUUCGAGGCCUUCCACGUGUUUAAGGUGUUUGUCGCAAACCCCAACAAGACGCAGCCCAUCGCCGACAUCUUGCUGAAGAACCAGACCAAACUAAUCGACUUCUUGAGCAACUUCCAGAAGGAUCGCACAGACGACGAGCAGUUUAACGACGAGAAGACCUACCUAAUCAAACAGAUCAGGGAUCUGAAGAAACCAGCCUCCUAGAAAAGCUCCCCAAACUUUUUUACCAAUAGGAAGGCGUAGAAACAAAACACAUUAACAAUAAUGGUUAUUCUAUUUAAAAACAAAUUGAUCCUUGUUGGUAAAAGUAGCUCAUAAUCACUGAUCUAACUUUUGUAAAUUCAUUUUUUUUUUUUUUUUUUUACUUUAAAACAUGUUUUUCAUCUGUAGCAUGUAGUGCCACAGCUCAUUGUGUUGAAUCGGAUUUGCUUUGAUGAAAGAACCAGCAGGAAGAACGAUAAAAAAAAAAGUCUUGGGCCAAAAAUGUUUUUUGAUUCUCUGAUUACCUCUUUUAAAGGAGGAAAUCACCAAAUUUUUUUUUAUGCAUCUGUGUCAAAGAGAUUAUUGGGGAAAGAUGAAGAAGAAGUAAAAAAUGAGCAGACUCUAAAUACGCAGUUGGCUUUAGCAAGAUGCUGAAAAGAGAAAUAAAUUAUGGCUUAAAUAAAUGGCUAAAAUAAAUAUUUUAAGAUUCGAUCAUUGAAAUAAAAAUUUGUGACCACUGGUACAAAAAAAAAGCUCCAGGAUUGUUGGACACAGUCGCUAAAAGCACUUUCUGUAGAUUAAAAUUAAUAUAAAAAAUAAUAAUAAGUUGAUCAGUUUUCAAUGCUUUUUCUAAUUUUUAAAAAACAUAUAUCUUUGGAUUUGUUGCCAUGUACAGUGUGUGGUAUGUGUUCAUGAACUGAACUGAACUGAACUGAACUGAGUGCCACUGUGAGUGAGAACUUUAAUUAUAACCCAUGAUGAAGAGAAAAAGGCUGCAAUGGUGGCUGUUUUGUGCUUUUUAUUUUUUGCCCUGAUUUAUCGACCGUAGAAGGAAAUAGUUGAGAUUCAGACGUGCCUUUUUUUUUCUGUUUAAGUGUUUUCUUCCCUUCUUCUCACCUUUAUUUGUGUUUUAACGCAUCUUUCUUGGGGGAGCUUAAUUAUGAUCUUGAUGAAAAUACACUCCGAACGGAACGUAUUUGCUUUUGAUUAAGCAGUGAACCUCUUAACUCGCUAUGUUUGAGUUGCACUGUCAUUGGGACACUUUUCACCUUUUUGGAAUGUGCCAGUGUUUAUCUUUUUAUGCCAGCGAAGUAAUCCUUCUAGUAGAUUACGCAAUCUCCUCCAUGAAUGUCCAGAUAUUUUGGACUUUAAUUCAUUUAUUGUGUUUAAAAGCUUACAUUAACUGUGGAUUUUCCUUCAUCUUUAAUACGGGCUCAAAACCAUACAUGCAGACGUUAAUAUUUGGAUUUAUGUCCUAUAAAUAAGCAGGCUGGAUAUUUUAAUCUGUGCUGUUAAUUGAAAUUGUGACAUGUUUAAUCUCCCUGUGUGAUUCAAGGUCAAGUUAAAGAUAUUAUCUAUAUAAUCCAAUAAAAUUAUUGCAGCAAAAUCAAACCCACUGAAUGGAUGCUACCACCCCUAAAAGUUGUGGGCCAACCCAGAGGCCUAAUAAUGCUUGCCUGAUUUAUGCCGGAACCAACCGAUUUUGAGUGUUUUGGAUCAUUUUCCAGUUUAAAAAUAAGAAAAAUCUUAAUUGUGUUUAAUAUUUAACCCUCUAGUUUAUGAUUUAUGUUGCAAAGUCGAUAUAAAACUUCACAGGGAUGGAUUUGGUUGCUUUAAAAGGGCAACAAUCAAUAAUGCACAAUAAAACCGGUUUGGAUUUGGUCAAACAAUAUAAUUAUGAACUAAACAUAAAUGUGACUACCCUGUUUAAAUUAUUUCUUUGCAGAAUGAUGCUAGAAGCUUGAUAGCUGCUAAAUACCUCCAGCUUAUGGACAUGUAUCCAUAUAUUAAUGCUCGUUCAACCUGGAUGAAAGCAGUAAAAGCCCAGUAACCAGUUAUCUUCAGACUGAAGCUUUAAAUUCUUGCCAACAGGAUUAUUUCUGAAAGCAAUGUUGUGUUAGAUAACAGUGAGAAUUAAUUUGGUGUAGAUAAAGCUAAUAGUUUUUUUUUUUCUCCUUUGACUUCAAAUUUUAAAACUGACACUUUAACUCCAAUCAUCUCCGCUUUAAGAUUUUACAGAGUUUUCCAGCUUUGCUUUGUGAUUAAAGAUGAAAAAAAAAAACAGCGUAUUUAGAAAUUUCUGCAGACCCAAACAGACACACAAGCUGUAGUCCUGUCAGUAUCAGUCAUGAAGCUGUGAGUUUCCAGCACGCUUUACAUUUUGGAUGAAGGAAAUAAAUAAUUAGCACCUUUACGCUUGUCUUUGGAGGCGAGAAGGAAAACCAGCCAGUUUGUUUAGACACUGUGUUACAGUCGUAAUGUGAAACAACAACCAGCUUCACAUCUAUGUAGUAAAUAGAAGCAAAUUCCAAUUAGUAACUUUGGUAGAGUCUUUUCUGGAAGCAGCCACAUUGAUUCUUCUGUACCAUAGUUACUACAAAUAAAAGAUGGGAAUGCA